AAAUAUUCAAUGGACCGACUGCUCUCGAAAAAAAGUUGCCAGGAAAUUUCGACUGCCCGCUGGAGUCUUACGUCCAAGUUGCUCUGAAGGGAAGCGAAGCGAAGCCCAUCCCACCCUCACGAGACGGCUUGCAUCACGCCCGUCGCAAACCAUUCACCAUGGCCGCAGAAGUAGCACCGCUUCAGCAGUUGAAGCUGCCGCAAGGCCCUUCGCCAAUUACUGCCGAGCAUCGCUAUUGGAAGACUUUCAAGAACCAGCUCCGGAUACCCUCGCCGACGCAGUAUCCCAUCACCCACAUCACCUUCCCCGCCGUCAAUGCCAACACCGUUGCCUCGUCCAGCAGCGACCUUUUUGCUGUCACCACCGGAACGAGAGUGCAGCUGUACUCGAUACGAACCCGAAAGCUCGUCAAGACAAUCACUCGUUUUUCCGACAUUGCGCGCAGCGGUGAUGUGCGACGAGAUGGAAAGAUCCUGGUAGCCGGUGACGAUACCGGUAAGAUCCAGGUCUUUGAUGUCAAGUCGCGUGCCAUUCUCAAAACAUGGUCCGGCCAUAAGCAACCGGUAUGGAAGACCCAGUUCUCGCCCGUCGACCUCACCACCCUCAUGUCUGCCAGCGACGACAAGACGGUAAGACUGUGGGAUCUUCCGAGCAAUCACAGCACUUCGACGUUCGUUGGCCAUAAUGAUUACGUACGUUGCGGUGCGUUCAUGCCAGGCACCAUGUCCAACAUGCUGGUCUCUGGUAGCUACGAUCAGACUGUCAAGCUCUGGGAUCCUCGUGUGCAACGCAAGGCCGUCAUGACGUUCAAGCAUGCCAACCCUGUCGAGAGCGUCCUACCUCUUCCCUCGGGAACUACCAUCCUCGCCGCUGCAGAGUCCCAGAUAUCUGUCCUUGAUUUGGUGGCGGCCAAGCCUUUGCACAUGAUCACGAACCAUCAGAAGACCGUUACCUCGCUCUCCCUCGCCUCCGGCGGAAAGCGCGUUGUAUCCGGUGGAUUGGACGGGCACGUCAAGGUCUUUGAAACGACAGGAUGGAACGUCGUGGCCGGUAUCAAGUACCCUUCACCCAUUCUCUCGGUCAACGUCAUCACCUCGGGCGCGAACGGCGACGACCGACACUUGGCAGUCGGCAUGCAGUCUGGCGUGUUGUCCCUGAGAACUCGUCUGACCGGCCCCGAAGCCGCACGUGAGAGGGAAAGAGAAAAGGAGAUGCAAGCCCUCCUCGCAGGCAAGAUUGAUACCCACGAUAAAGCGAAGCGUAAGCGAAAGGGCCGUGUUGCCGAAGCCAACCGGCUUGACCUUAUCGGCGAAGGUGCCGACGUCGUCAUUGCUGGGAACCCUGCCGGCCGCAACAAGUCGACCAAGGAGAAGCCUUGGCAGAAGGACCUGCGCCGCGGCCACUUUGUCUCAGCACUUGAUCGGGUGCUUGACACAUCCUCGCCGCACUACACGCCACUGUCAGUCCUGACUCUUCUCGUAGCCCUACGACAUCGUUCAGCUCUGCGCGAGUCCUUGGAAGGCCGAGAUGAGGAGAGUGUACAGCCGGUCUUGGACUGGGUACAGAAGCACAUUGUCGACCCGAGAUAUGUCAGUGUCUGUGUCGAUGUUGCGAUGCACCUGUUAGAUCUCUACUCUGAGUUUGUCGGCGGCAGCAAGGAAUUGGAGGACAACUUCCGUCUUCUGCACAGGAGAGUUCGCAGGGAGAUCGAGACGGCGCAGAUGGCAACACAGACCGGCGGCAUGCUUGGAGGCCUUUUGGUUGGCAUGGCGUGAUUGCCCGAGUUGGGUGAGCACGCUCGAAUAAGGGGUUGUGCUUGAUAUUUGCUUGCAUAGCGAGGCGUUUUUGGGUAGCUAAAAAGGAUUGGCAUUGCUCUAUCGAGCCUCGCGAUAACGCCAAAGUUUCCAUCAGAAGAGACGGUGGGAAAUGUAGAGAUGACACCUGUAUAAAUCUACAACACAUCCAUUGAGCGCUUGUGACGGCUCCCGUGCCAUGGGAAGGCUGAAAUGCUAACUACGACUGACAAAAUUACUGUAAUGUAUUGGGAGAAAGCGUGCCAGACUAAUAUCCAUAACCCCAAACUCAAGCAAUAGAGUCUCGCGUUGGUCAUUGGCAUAGCAUAACAUGAAAACAAUGAACCAGCCUCUCGUG